UCCACACACACAGUUUGUUGGAGUGACCGUGUAGUUUUUCGCUUAAAUUCAGUGUGUACACGUCAUGAUUGCAGGAGCUGGUGUCUUCUCCAGUCUGCACACUUCUGACGGAUCUACCAGUCGUUACAAAUAACAGUUUCGUUGUGAACUCAGUGUUUUUUGCGACAUUCUGAGGUUUUCUUGUUACACUCCCCGCUGCUGCUGCUGCCUCCUGGCUGUGUGCUCGCUGUGCUCGGGAGGUCGGAUGGUGAAGGCUGGAAGUGCGCCAUACUUUCAUACUUUUAAUCCGCCGCCUCUGUUCAUGAUAGUGUUCAUGUUUCAUCUGUUUCACGCGCUCGUUUAUCACCUCGAUACAGCUUCCGGCAGAUACAGUUAUGACUACAUGCCAAGAAUGCAGUUAAUCUGGCGACGUUAAUUAUUUAAACUCAGUGUAUAGAGACACCGUGUUUGGCCGGAAAUCCGGUCACCGGUGCCAAGUAGCCAAGGGUCAAAGGACAAACGUGUGUGUUUUUGCUAGCAAACUCCUGCACGCUGUUCUCAGUUCUGUUUGUUUAAGUUGUAUUUUAAUCAUGUUGUGAUUUUAACCGUUCAGCCCAUCUUAUCUCAGGAUAGUGGCCUGGCAGGAGCAUUCUCUCAGACACCCCUUGGUGCUGUGGCCGGUGUUAAACUCGAGGCAGUUAUGGAGCAGCUCCAGAGGCAGCAGCAAGCUAAACUGGACAUGGAGAGGAAAGAGAGACACCUGAGCGAAGCCCAGAUCCUGUACGCCCAGCAGCUCGCUGCUCAACAUGCCAUCAUGGCUUCUGCCCGUGCCCAGGGAAUUCCAAUAAACCCAGAAUACUUCAGCAGCAGCUCCAGAGAACAACUACUGAAGAGCAGCCAAGGGCUUCCAACCAGGGUUCCUGCCCAAAAUAGUGUGGAAUCAGCGCAAGAUGGGGAGAACGAGGAGGAGUUGAACAGAGGACCGGCGUCUGCUGGGGAAGAGGAUGAAGAUGAGGAGAUGAUGGAUGGCGAGGACGGCAGCGAGGAUGAUGAAAGCGAGGGGUUGGAGUUUCUCAGAAAGCAGAGCCUGGCUCUUCAGCAGCAGGGGGUGGGAAUCGCUCCAUACCCUUUCCCAGUCUAUGCUGCCUCUCCGUCAGCUGCGAAAAAGCGAGCUCGCUCGCCUCCACCAAAAGUGAAGGAUGAACCAGAGGACAGUCAAUCCCCUACUGAGCAGCAUUCAUUCAGUACGCCAAAUGGCCUUGCCGACUGGAGUUUCGAUGACUCAAUCAAACAGAAUGGUAAUGCGAGUUGGAACGAAGAAAGCGAUGGAGGGAAAGGAAGAGGGGAGGCCUCCAGAGACUUUGCCAAGCUUUAUGAACUGGACAAUGACCCUAACCGGAAGGAGUUUCUAGAUGACCUGUUCACCUUCAUGCAGAAAAGAGGUACCCCAGUGAACCGUAUCCCCAUCAUGGCCAAGCAGGUCCUAGACCUCUAUAAGCUCUAUAAGCUUGUGACGGAGAAGGGGGGUCUGGUGGAGGUGAUCAAUAAGAAAAUCUGGAGAGAGAUCACCAAAGGUCUGAACCUGCCCACCUCCAUCACCAGCGCUGCCUUCACCCUCCGCACACAGUAUAUGAAGUACCUGUACCCAUAUGAAUGUGAGAAGAAAGGACUCAGUUCUCCAGGAGAGCUGCAGGCCGCCAUCGACAGCAACCGCAGAGAAGGCCGUCGGCCCGGGUACAGUAACAGCCUGUACCGCUUCUCUCCUUCCCCCAGUGGUGGUGCCCCUCACCUCCUCUCUCCUCCCAAAAUGCACCUGCCCAACUCCGGGCAUAACGGCUUGCAGAGCACACCAAGUCCAGCCCUUAAGAAAGGGACAGUUCCUGAAGAUGGUCCAGCCUCCAUGUUGCCUGGUAGAUUACCCCUGGCUCUGGCACUAGGCCACCCACAACAGCUGGCACGGGCUGCCACCUUAGAACAGCUGCGUGAGAGGCUGGAGACCAGUAUGGGUGCUCCGGCUCUGGCUACUGGUGCCUCUGCCAUAGAGGGGCCUGAGAGAAAGAUGGCCCGCCUGGCUGAGGAGCAGCAGAGGCUGCUGCAGCAAGCCUUCCAGCAGAACCUGCUUGCAAUGGCAUCACAAGUGAACCCUGCCAAUCUGCGCCUCAACACUACCAGUACCCCCCGGGAGGAAAAGCAGGAUCUGUCUCUCAGUAUCUCCUCAAAUGGAUCAGCCAGUAUCACAGUGUCAAUAGAGGUUAAUGGGAUCAUUUACUCAGGAUCCCUGUAUGCUCAGAAGUCCUCUGGAGCCCCAGCUACACCCACAGGCCAGAGCUCUGCUGUUAAUCCCAACAUCCCCUCCUCCUCUAAGGGUUCUGGCUCUACAGAGCCUGCUGCUAGUGGCUCUCCUUAACUCCCAGCAGCCACAUGGUCUCUCUCUCUCUCCCCCUUGGGGAAGCUCACCCAACAGAGAGUCCAGUGGUCUACAAAGCCAAGUCUACCUCCUUUUCGAGACAUCGGGUUCAGUCUGCUGAGAGUGAUAUACACUUACAAAGAUUAGCUGUAAUUAUUCCACCCUCUUGCAGAUGACCUCUGCCCUUUACCACUUGUUUGCUACAGACUCUCUCAGGACUUGAACGAUCAUGAGAAUGAUCUGAUCACAACAAAUACCUCAUAUGUUUUAAUAAUAAUGUCAUGAGCAUAUUUCUGUGCUCUAGACAUUUGACACCAAUGCAAUAUGCCUUCCUCUAUGCAUUUACGCCCAGAGAGUCAUCCACCUGCAAACAAUCAUGGCACAAAAUAUUCUGCCAAAAUCAUACAGUGGGUGUUUGAUUGUUGGAAAUUUUGCCAUCAGUACUAUUCUUCUGAAGAGUUUACCAUACUCGUGCACAUCAGUGGUGGAUUCCCAAGCAUCCAGAUUGGAUCAGCUUUUUUCUUUCUGUUUCUGUCUGUUCUGUGGAUAGAGGAGUUUGCUGGGUUUGUGCGUUUUGCUUUAUUUAAAAUGGAUCAUAAUUCCAUCAAGUGUUCAGUCGUUUUGGUUAGCAGUGGGGUCAAACUUUUUUCCUUCUCAUUUUUUACUUUGUGUAUUUACUUGAUUUGAUUGUGGAUUUGUUUUCCAUUAUUUUUUCCCUUUUUUGUUUCUAGAUAUCCAGAAGUAUUGUAUUGCUUUUGAGGAGAGUUUUGAGUAUUGAAACUGAUAUUUACGAAGCCGAAAGCAAACUUUUUAUUUUCACUUACAAACUACAGGUUGGUUUAAAGAAAAAAGAAUCAAGACCAUAGUGGGGACAGAUGGUGUUCCACAUGUCAAUCAUUUAGAUGGCGGCGUUUGACGAUCAAUUAGGCUCACAAAUCUGGGCCCUUAUUCAUUAACUCCGUGGAGGAGGAUUGAAGCAGUUUUCAGAAAUACUUAUGAAUCAAACCAGAUAUUAUAAUGCUGAAAAAGAAGGACCAGGGUAUUUGUUCAUAAAUAAUCAGCGUGUUCUCUCAAUAAAUACUAGUUUUAGUGACCUUGUGCUUAAACAUAACAGCAAAAUUUUUUUCCUCUUCAUUUUCACUUUUUCUUUUUCAAGGCCUCAAAUGUCUUUCCAUAUUGGAAAGCAAGUUUCUCAGGAAUUUCAGAUUAAUCUCAGCGGUUUUUUAUCUCAGCACCAAGGCCUCAUGUAUCAAGGCUAGAUAUACCUCAGUGGAAGAAAGUGAAUAUAGCUACCUCAAAGUUACCUUUAUAUAGUAUGAGUUAGGAUUUUCGUCAGAAUCAGCUCCUGGUAAAUCAAGGCAAAUAAAGAUAUUGAAUCAUCACUGUAUUGAGCUUAUUGAAUUCUGAAGUGUUCUCAGGUUACUAGUACAAACAUACCUCACAUAGAUAAUGACAUAGUUGGAACAUCAUUUUUUUUUUUUUUUUUUUUUUACUAUGUGAGAAGAGUUAUUGCUGUGCGGAAGCUUUAUCUCCAUUUACUUAUCUGAUGACUACACAGCUGAAAACCAAAGAUCAUCACACUGUAUUUCUACUGUGUUCUUUCUGAUGUUCUGACUUUAUUUACACAUGGAGCUUGACAAAGUGGAAUUAAAGUCUGAAUCAAUGCAGCAGGUUA